AUGUCUAAUUCUCCACUCUCGCCAACGUUAGCGGCCACCUACCCUUUCACAGCUCAAGUAGGUGGCCAUGCGGGCGUUCAGGCAACAGAAGACAAUUCCCUUCUGUUGAAGCCAGCUCUUCCUCGUGAAAUUGACUUUUAUCAACGACUCGCCGCAGCAGGUGAUCACGAUGAACUAUCGGAGCUUAGAAAGUGGAUCCCAAACUUCCUGGGCGUGCUGAAGCUUGAGGGACAACUCAAAGAUUCAAAUGCAGUUGAGAACGGAGGCGUUGGAAAUGUGGAAGUAGUUCCCGUACAUGGCAAUAUAGCGCCAGAGGAUAAAGAUAUGUCAAUCCGAACUACUGCACAGCACCUCGUCCUUGAAAAUGCUGCGUACGGCUUUGUGAAGCCUUGUAUUCUGGAUGUGAAACUUGGGACUAUCCUCUACGAUAACGAUGCACCUCCCGAAAAGCAAGCACGCAUGAUCAAAGCCGCUCAAAAUACCACUAGCGGGGAAACAGGCGUUCGCCUCACGGGAUUUCAGGUGUACAGCAACGACUCUCCCAAACCUAUCUUGACGCCCAAGUCGUACGGGAAAUCGAUCAAGAAGGAGCAGCUUCCUGAUGGUAUUGAGAUGUUCUUUCCUGUUUCGUCUGCACCUUAUCCCACACCGCCGAACCCUAUUGAGACAUCGGAGGCAGACGUGUCAAAGCCAGGUCUUCCCCCUAUCCUCCUCCACUGCGUUCUCACUACACUCCAAGCCGACCUAGAGGAAUUGAAAGCUACUAUAUCAAACAUUGAGAUGCGCAUGGUAGGCGGGAGUGUUCUCAUAGUGUACGAGGGAGACUGGGAGCGUGCCUGGAAGGCAUUUUCCACGCCUUCUGGGACUGCCACAACUGAAGAAGACGAGGAUGAUGAAAUAGAAGUCGAGAUAGAUGAAAACGGACAGAUUGUUCUAGAGUCUAUACCCGACGAAGCGAUAGAGGAAGAGGAAGAACCCCAAGCUCCUUUGUGUUCCCUCUCUCUCAUAGACUUCGCGCAUACUCGACUCAUCGAUGGCGCAGGUCCUGAUGAGGGCGUGUUGAAGGGCAUACAGACCAUGAUCGAUCUUGUUAGACAGCGGAAGGAUACGAUCGCAGCGAUGCUGCCUAGCGAUGGAUAAUUGGAUAUCGACCGGUUAGUUGUGGUCUAGGUGAAUAUGGCACAUAGCAGAGACUUGGAACACAAGCUUGGAGACUGUGCUGAAUGGGGGACAAGUCAGAGUAAAUAUGACAGUAUGAAAUUCUAUAAUUAUCUUCCCUAUAUAUGUGUCAUUUGGCUAGGA